CUUCGCGCUUGACUCCGUGGACCGGGGUCAGCGCCGGCCAUGUGGUCCACCUCACCAUCAGCAGCGCGAUAUAAUUAAUCACUCGCGAAACCGCGGGAGUAGCGAGGGAGUACUCCGUAGUGGGGUUUUAGUUUUAAGUUUUACCGAGAGGGGAACCCGAUUUUGACUAGCGAGAGAGAAGAGUUCCAUGUCAAUGUGACUCAUCCCCGCAUUAUAAUACGGUGGAGGAGAGGAGAGGAGAGCGUGGGGGAAAAGAAAAGCACGCGAAUUAUUCGAGGCGCUUUAUGGUCGGAUCACCCCAGCAACACCAAGCAGCCGCCACCCGCCAGCCAGUGCAUUGCAGCAGCGCCAGCCACCUCGCACCCCCUCGCUGUCUCGCACCACCCGCGCGGAGCGGCGGAGGGGAAGGAGGGAAUCGGUGGGGGGGACGGCGAGCGGCGGCGGGAGAUCCCGGGGGGCUCCGAUCGAGCGUAAGCGGGCGGGAGCAGAGCGCGCAGGGAGGGCAAGAGUAGAGUGGUUCGAUGGUAAGGGACACGGCAUACUACGACGUGUUGGAAGUGAGCCCGACGGCCACCGAGGCCGAGAUCAAGAAGGCGUACUACGUCAAGGCGAGGCAGGUCCAUCCGGACAAGAACCCCAAUGAUCCGUUCGCGGCGGCGAGGUUCCAGGAAUUGGGGGAGGCAUACCAAGUGCUUAGUGAUCCCACACAGCGUGAAGCUUAUGACUCAUAUGGGAGAUCUGGUAUUUCAAGGGAAGCGAUAAUUGAUCCUGCAGCAAUUUUUGCAAUGCUGUUCGGUAGCGAGCUUUUUGAGGACUACAUUGGCCAGCUGGCGAUGGCAUCCAUGGCUUCACUUGAUGAUUUUAAUGAAGAUAUCGAUGCAAGAAGGUUUCAAGAGCAAAUGCGAGUUGUACAAAAAGAAAGGGAGGAGAAACUUGCAGAAUUACUGAAAGAUAGGUUGCACCUAUAUCUUCAAGGAAACAAAGAGGAAUUUAUCCAGUAUGCUGAAGCUGAGGUUACUAGACUCUCUAACGCCGCAUAUGGUGUUGAUAUGCUGAGCACUAUUGGUUAUGUGUAUUCAAGACAAGCUGCUAAGGAGCUUGGAAAGAAAGCUAAAUAUCUUGGUGUUCCGUUUAUUGCUGAAUGGUUCAGAAACAAAGGACAUUCUAUUAAAUCCCAACUGACAGCUGCAACAUGUGCAAUAGCACUUAUGCAGCUGCAGGAAGACUUGAGAAAGCAUCUCAGUGCUGAGUGCCACUACAGCGAAGAGGAACUGGAGGCUUACAUGCUGGAGCAUAGGAGUGUUAUGGUGGAUUCGUUAUGGAAGCUUAAUGUUGCUGAUAUAGAGGCAACCCUGUCACAUGUGUGUCAAAUGGUGCUUCAAGACAGCACUGCCAGGAAAGAGGAACUACGAGCUCGAGCUAAAGGAUUGAAAACUUUAGGCAAAAUAUUCCAGCAAGUUAAGCUUAGCACUACCGAGGGAGAUCCAGCAGCAAUGAAUAAUACAAUAAAUAACUUGGAUGAGAAUGAUGGUAGUUCACCGGAGUCAUCUCCAAGAUCUCCCAGGGAUCAAAUGUUCCAUGCAAAUCCACCUUAUUCCCAGAGUCCAUACGUGGAGGCCCCUCAGUUCGGCGGUUAUUUUUCCUUCGACUUCCCAAUGCCUAUCGCUCCACCUGGUGCGCAGAGGGACCCCAUUCCGUGAUCACCAUGAGUGCGUCAGCUCUGUUUUGUGUGGAUGGUCAUUUUGUACAAUAUUGCUUGUGUAAAUCAUUUUUAUCUGUAACAUUAGUAGCAGUAGUGUGAUUGAGCAGCUUGGCACCCAUUGCAUCUUUUUCUUUUCUCCCUUCGUGUAACGAAUCAAUGAAGCAUGCGACGACGGCAGCCUUGUGUUGUGCGUAACAAAGGGCUGCUGGCCAGUGGCCACAGGUUGGCUUGCUCUGUUGCUGGCCACGGCUCACCCAUCGUUGUACAUGAACUAUCACCUCCUCCUCUUUUGUUUCAUGUGUUUAUGGGUGCAUAAUUGUUUUAGCCUAUGGCCCAUCUGUGCAAACAACAGCACUUCUCAUGAAAAUCGAUCAUCUCCUCUUUCUGCAA